AAGAGAAAGGUUUCGUAUCGUGGAUACCAUGGGUGCCUUUCUUCAUAUGAUUGCAGUCAUUACCAUGACAAUCCCGUGGACUACAGGCGAAAACCCGUUUAUCUCACCUGGUCUCAUACUGAUGGACUACGGAACGUACAGUACAGUGUUCAGCAAGUUUGACUCCAACAUGGACACAACGACACAUCUAGCGGAGUAUCACAAUCGGAGGUUCAGCUCACUGUCUGUGUUCCCGCUCGGCCAGACUUUUGUCGUAUAUGAUAAACGUUACAAAGCUAUCUGCAAAAUAGCAUACAACAACGAUUUAUGGUAUCAACCUGUGUGUGCGGAGACAUUUGGAACAGUCAAUGGAAUGGACGUGGAUGAUGUUAGAGGUCUCGUUUUCUGGACUGACCCCGACUAUAACGCCAUCAUGAUGGCACGGAUCUCAAACUUGACCCAACACUUUGUGAUCGUUGACACAUUAGUGGAUAAACCGAGUGGUUUAGCUGUACAUCCGGAAGCCGGUUUAUUGUUUUGGACCGAUUUUGGCACAUCGCCAACAGUUGAACGAUCCACUCUGACAGGGCGAGAACGGCGAACGAUAAUAAGCGGAGGAACACCUUAUAUGUUGACAAUAGACAGGGCUGGUAACAGAUUAUUCUGGAUAAACAAGGGCGAUAACUCUAUUGAGUCAUGUGACACUGAAGGAGAACGUCGCCACGUAAUCAGUAUAGACAUAGGCAUGUCGACAGCCUCGUUUGUUUGGAGCAGUCUGGUAGUCUAUCAGGGCCGCUUGUUACUGUCCUGGAGCGACCAUAACAGGGCUGGGGCUCUUUCUUGGGGACUUGGGGCAGAAAACCAGCAACUGCGAUCUUUCUUAACAUCCUUCAAAGACAUUGCCGUUGUAAGGGAGCAGCCCCAAUUUCAGGGUAUGGAAGCAGAAUGCGUUGAUUGUUUCUGUCAUCUUCACUCAUUGUAUAGGAAUGGUGCCCGCACGAGGGAAUGCGAAUCUGAAUAUAGUUCCCAUGGUUACGUAUUCUUCACGACGUCAAGAGGGUUAUAUCGUAUGGAGGGAUACCCACUCACCACGUCACAGACUCCCCACGCGACCCUAGUUUACGGGACCAAUCUUUCGGUUUUUACCACUGACUCAGUCAAUGAGAAGAUAUUUGCUUAUAGCCAUGAAAGCGAGUCUAUAAUAGAAAUUACCCAGCAUGCUCGGACAGGAAAUUGGAUGUCACGAGACCUCAUAAUGGUAGCAGCGACAGUAAAAUGUAUCACUGUGGAUUGGAUGUCCCGUAACAUCUUCUGGGUAGAACAUGGAUCUGAAUAUAUAUCUGUUGCGAAUUACGAAGGACAAUACCGGAAGUGGUUGAUAUCUCAGGCAUGGGCUGAUGACAUUCGGGUCGACCCGCGCAAUAAGAAGAUUUUCUGGUUGAACUCGUCCUUGGGUUUGGUAGAGGGAGCUAACCUUGACGGGAGUGAGCAUGUUAAUAUCGGAUACACCGACAAGCAAUUCGCUGCUCUUACUAUCGACUGCGCAGCCCAACGACUCAUUAUGUUUGACCUCCAUUCCAGAAAACUCGUAUCCAUUGACUAUCUUACCACAGCGCCCCCUGAAAUCAUUCCACAGGAAUUUUGGCACGUGACAUUUAUGGCUAUGAUAAAGGACUACGUGGUGGUGAGCAACGACUCGAGGUGUUUGACUCUCGUCAAUACUCGAACUGGAAUAUCCCUAGCGGCACGAUAUGUCGCUGAUGACGCCAUAAUUCACAUGGAACUGUACCACUUCGACAAUAUUAGAAACACAAGUCCCUGUAUGGAAGCCAAUGGUGGAUGUGACCAGUUGUGUCUCCCUAAUCCGUCCACCAGGAGCUGUCAUUGUGGAUUUGGUUACCACGAAACCUCAACAGAUAACGGAUGUUCAACUCAGUUGAUGGACAAUUCGUUCCUUUUGGUUGUCGAUCAACGUGCCCCGGCUAUAUAUCAGUACUACAAUGGCCACCAGAGACGCACUAUCGAACGGUAUACAGUUGUCCCAGCUGUCGGUCUGAAACAACCGUACGCCGUUGCAUACGACGACAGAGCAAAAUAUAUAUAUUGGUCAGAUAUUGAGCAGUUUACCGUAAGUCGGAUACACAAAAAUGGACAUUCCCAGGAAAUAGUGUAUGGAGAGCAAUAUUUGUAUGUCUUAGACAUUGCCAUGAGUGUCUCUACACGCCUACUGUUUAUCGCGGACUACUCCAGGGAUCGUAUAAUUGCUCUCAAUGUCAACACUCUGCGAUCCAUGCCCUUUUCCAGCCCUGUUAGUCGUGUCUAUGGACUGUGUUUGAGCCCCACUAAUAGAUACUUGUACGCAUCCGGGUAUGGAGCGACUCCAAACUUGGUGCGUAUUGAUAUACAAACUGGACUACUUUCAACAGAAGGACUGCCAUGGCUUGUGUUGCCUGGGAAGAUCGUCGUUCAUGAUACAGGUAUUUACCUGAUUGAACAGUACCUGAGGGCAAUUGUUCGAAUUGAUGGUAACGGUCAUCAGCAGGAUAUCAAACAGUUCCUGGAAGGUCACGAGCUACAGUUUAUCACAGCCGACGAUGCUAACCUUUAUUGGACAGAACGAAAUACAAAAAUGAUUUAUAGAUUAAAUCUACAUACAAGGGAAGAAUCACAAGUAGGGCUAGAGGGAACGUUGGUACACCCUGCUGGUCUCGUGUACUUCGGAUUGACAAGGAGGACAUGGCCAGACGUAACCUGUUCCAGUCCGUGUUCCGGUACUUGCAUACCAGCCGGAUAUGGCCUCACAAUCUGUCUCCCUACCUCAAAUACGCGUCAUAUUGACCUCCCUUACAAUGAUAUCUGCACGGUACCAAACGACGCAGACAUCAUAUUUGGUCGGGUGGCAGAUCUGCGAGCAGGUUCCCGCGUACCUGGAGGGACAACAUUCAGGAUACAAUGUCUGCCCGCCCAUAGCAUCGUAGGGUCCGACACCAGCAUCUGUCGACAUAGUAACUGGACAAAUAUUCCUAGGUGUAAACCAGACACGAAAAUUUACGGAUCAAGAAAUGGCGGUUGGACGAUCUUCACUCAAUCCGGGAAUUUUUAUGUGUAUUCAUGGAUGAAUACAGUCAAGGUGCUGGUGAUUGGCGGCGGAGGGGGUGGUUACCAGGCUACUAACCAUGGCGACAGCACCGGAAACGGUGAAAGGUCAAGGUUUGGAAACGUGCCCUCGCUUAUCUCUACAGCAGGUGGGGGUCGCGGAGGGACCUCUCUGUCAGGUGGAGCUGGUGGAGUGGGCGAAAGGAACUCUGGUUCCGCCGGAAAUUACUCCAAUGUCACGUGUUCUCGUGGAGGUUCCAUAUGGAAUAAUGUGCCAAGCAAGACACACAGCUUGUUCUGUGCCAACGACUACGGUUCGCAUAGCUGUUUCUCAGAAAUACCUGACGAGGCCUAUAGUACUGUCAAUCCAAGAACAAGACGUGACUGCCGCAUCGACACAACAUGCAAAAAUUUCGGCGACGGGUCGGAGUCGCGACAGGGUGGAUCAGGAGGGGGAGGUGGCUACUCAAGAACAAGCCGAUCAAUCUCCGCCUAUCGCAAUAGUCUGAUCCCUGUAGAAGUAGGGCGUGGUGGAGAGCCGUCUUACGCAAUUUCCGGAGGGGGCGUGGUCAUCAUCUGGUGGGGUUGGGACGAAGAACUGAGCGAUGUGGAGACAGCCGACAUAGAAGCGCUUUGUUCUCAAACGACUAAUGUAGAACCUUAAAGUUUUCCUUCGGAGAAAAAAGCAAUGCCAUUCUAUUGUUAAAUUCAAAUCGUUCAAAGAAUCUUAAAAGAAGAAAAUAUAUUGACUGUACACAAUGAUGAAACGGAGUAGUCAUAAAAAGAGCUUUUGUUACCAGAUCUAGAAAAUUACUCCAUCAUCCAAGCACUCUCAGUGCAUUGAAGCGCUGUUGUCUGCUACACAUGAACUACCCUAUUACAGUCCAUUCCAAUUGAAAGGCCAUUCUUGAUCAUUUUCUUUGAAGUUAUUAUGAUAUUAUUGUUUAUUUUUCAAAACAUAAGGAUAAGCUUUCGUGUUUUGUAGUCCCCCCUUUCCUCCUUUUUAUAUAGAACUUGAAACUCUGUCCAAAUGCAAACAAACACACGUAUAUCAGGGUUUUUAUUACAUGUAUACAUGGUUGCAAUUUUGCUGUACAUAUUAAAUUAAAGUUUUUACCGAUG